AUGGUCGACAUUCCCCAGACAUACAAGGCCGCGGUCUACGACCAGCCUGGAACCAUUUCCACUAAGGUUGUGGACCUGGAGGUGCCAGAGCCUGGCGCUGGUGAGGUCCUGAUCAACCUAACACAUUCGGGUGUCUGUCAUUCCGACCUCGGUGUCAUGACCAACACAUGGAGUAUACUCCCUUUGCCUACUCCACCAGGCCAAGUUGGUGGCCACGAGGGUGUAGGCAAGAUCGUUAAGCUCGGUGCAGGCACCGAGGCUUCAAACCUGAAAAUUGGCGACAGAGUCGGCAUCAAGUGGGUUUCCGGCGUAUGCGGGACCUGUCAUCCCUGCCAAGUCGGCUCCGAUGGAAGCUGUUUCAACCAGAAAGUCUCCGGCUACUACACGCCAGGCACAUUCCAACAAUAUACCCUCGGUCCCGCGAAUUACGUCACUCCCAUCCCCGAAGGCCUCGACUCCGCCGAGGCAGCACCUCUCCUCUGCGCCGGAGUGACCGUCUACUCGGCGCUAAAGCGCAGUCGCGCUCGCCCAGGCCAAUGGGUCGUCAUCUCUGGCGCCGGCGGCGGACUCGGCCACAUGGCCGUCCAGCUCGCCAGCCGAGGCAUGGGCCUCCGCGUCAUCGGCAUUGACCACGGCAGCAAAGAGGGCAUCGUGAAGGAUUCCGGAGCCGAGCACUUCAUCGAUAUCACUCAGUUCCCGAAAGACGACAAGGGCGCAGCACUGACGGAGUACGUGCAGUCGUUGACGGAUGGAGUGGGUGCGCAUGCUGCUAUUGUAUGCACUGCUGCGAAUGCGGCAUAUGCGCAGGCACUGCCGUUGCUGCGUUUCCAGGGCGUGCUAGUUUGCGUGGGCAUCCCGGAGCAUGAGCCCCAGGCCAUUGCGACGGCGCACCCGUCUGCGAUGAUUGGGAAACAGAUUAGUAUAACGGGAUCGGCGGUGGGGAGUCGGGUGGAGGCUGUUGAGACGAUGGAGUUUGCUGCGAGGGGGAUCUUGAAGGCGCAUUAUCGGGUGGAGAAGAUGGAGGCUUUGACGGAGGUGUUUAAGGAGAUGAGUGAGGGUAGGGUGCAGGGCAGGGUUGUUCUGGAUCUUUCUGGGUAG